AAGUCCGCGGCCUAUUUACCCAAGUUAGAGCUAGGGGCCGUGGAAACAUGAAGAGGGUAAAUAGCUGUGUGAAGAGUGAUGAGCAUGUCCUGGAGGAGCUGGAAACAGAAGGGGAGAGGCAGCUGAAAAGCCUCCUUCAGCAUCAACUUGAUACCAGUGUCUCCAUUGAGGAAUGUGUAUCUAAGAAAGAGAGCUUUGCUCCUGGUACUAUGUACAAGCCCUUUGGGAAGGAAGCAGCUGGGACUAUGACUUUGUCCCAGUUCCAGACACUGCAUGAGAAGGACCAGGAGACUGCUUCUCUCAGGGAACUAGGGCUUAAUGAGACAGAAAUCUUGAUUUGGAAGAGCCAUGUUUCAGGUGAAAAGAGGGCGAGACUUAGGGCAACCCCUGAAGCGAUACAGAACCGUCUUCAAGAUAUUGAGGAAAGAAUCUCGGAGCGUCAGCGCAUCCUUUGCCUGCCCCAGAGAUUUGCAAAGAGCAAACAGCUGACCCGGCGAGAAAUGGAAAUAGAAAAUUCUUUAUUUCAGGGAGCUGAUCGUCAUUCCUUCCUCAAGGCUCUUUAUUACCAAGAUGAAUCCCAAAAGAAGAACAAAGGUGAUCCCAUGAACAACCUGGAAAAUUUUUACCAAGAGAUGAUAAUGAAAAAACGUCUUGAAGAGUUCCAACUAAUGAGAGGUGAACCCUUUGCUUCCCACUCACUGGUCUCAGCUACAUCAGUGGGAGAUAGUGGCACAGCUGAGACCCCGUCAUUACUCCAGGACAAGGGAAAACAGGCAGCACAGGGUAAAGGUCCCAGUCUCCAUGUGGCAAAAGUUAUUGAUAAUUCACCUGAGCAGUGUUGGACGGGGCCUAAGAAGCUGACGCAGCCAAUAGAAUUUGUCCCAGAAGAUGAGAUCCAGAGAAAUCGUUUGUCAGAGGAAGAGAUCCGAAAAAUUCCUAUGUUUUCUUCAUAUAAUCCAGGGGAGCCAAACAAGGUGUUAUACCUGAAGAACCUUAGCCCUCGGGUGACCGAAAGAGAUCUUGUCUCAUUAUUCGCUCGGUUCCAGGAGAAGAAAGGACCUCCAAUUCAAUUCCGAAUGAUGACUGGACGAAUGAGGGGGCAGGCUUUUAUCACUUUUCCCAAUACAGAAAUAGCAUGGCAAGCAUUGCAUCUAGUAAAUGGAUAUAAACUACGUGGGAAAAUAUUGGUGAUAGAAUUUGGAAAGAACAAAAAGCAGCAGUCAGAUAUCCAGGCUGCUUCUCUAAUAUCAUCUACUACAGAUAAUACUACAGAAAUCAGUGGCAGCUAGAAGACAUAAAGAUUGUGAGUCCCAGGAGGUCUUUCUUGCAUCAGAAUCUAAGAUCUAGGAUUUGUAUAUAGAUAGCAGUUUAUUUGGAAUUGAAGAAGAGAAGCUAACUGAGGGAGAGAAAACUGAAUUAAAAUCCCUUUCAGCUUUUGGAAAGAAUUGGUAGAAAACAUUUUCUAUAAUCAAGCACUCUCUGGGAUAGACAAUAUAAUGAGUAUGGAGAAUAGGGAAUAAAGAGUAUCAUUUUCUCAGGAUAAAUUACAGUAGAUUACUUCCAAGGGUUUUUUUUUUAAUCAUUAUAAUUUAUAUGAGGUCUUAAAUAUUUGUCCCUAGAGAUAACAUUCUUUCAAGACUGGCUCCUAUAUAUACAAAACUAAAAAACUAAUUAAGUGUUGAAA